CCAGCCAAUACGCACAUCGUAGGAUCCUACCAAUAUGAGAAGGCGCAAGGACGGCGAGCAGCAUCCUGGUAGGCAGUGGGAAGUGUGGAUGCGUUUCUUUCUCAAAGGCUGCCGAGUUUUUACACACAAAGUAAAUAGAGAGAAGCGUAAGAGAUUGCGCGUUCGUUCGCCUCUUCCUGGACAGAAUGAAAGGAUUUGUAGCUUGUUUGGAUGGAUGUGAGUCCACUCUUGUAUCGCAGACUGGAGUGGACUUCAGGCUGUGGGACUGAUGAGAGGAAGGAUACUUUAAACAGUGGUGUUCGUUUUCUUUUCCCCUCUUCGUAAAAUGCCAGGAUUUCGUCCACCAUACUCUGACCAGUUCAAGAAAGGUUGCUCAUUUGGAAGGACGCCAGACCUCCAGCCUCUCCGAUCUGCAAGUUCAGUCCAAUAAAUUGUGACAUUGUCUGUCAGCCUUGGAAAAAGAAAUCGAUACUCAAGAAAAGAGGCGCGAUAUUCUUCCGGAAUUUUAACGAUCUAUUCUCCUUGUAUCCUUAUAAAUAUGCGAUUUGGUUGGAUUAGGUUGGUUUGGUCCAGCUUCACGCCUUUCUAGCUGGAGCAGCGCUGAUAGUGACUGAUUAUUGCUGUUGAUUUUGUCCAUGAAAGACUCGGGGUGGAAACAUGUCUGGCCACUUCUCUGAGAGGAUCACUGCUAUCAGAGAUGGCAUUUUGGUCCAGCACUUCGGUUUUCACCUCUAAAGUGCCCCGGAAAAUCUUAUUUAUGUUCACCCUCUCCCUCUCUGUCACCUACUUGUUUUAUAGCUUGAUGAGCUGCUACAACUCGCUGCAGUUUCCUCUGCAAGAGAACUACGUGUAUCAAGGGAGGCUGGUGACGGAGGAGACAACUUUUGUGACAUUGAGGGAGAAACUUUAUUCCGCCACCCAGGGCUUUACCGAAUUCACCGAGGCCGAGAAAACCACCGCCGUUUCCACCGUAAAGGAUCAUGCUGAGGCCGAACAAAGGACAGUGGAGUGGAUUAGGACUCAGACAUCUCCAACUAAAUCGGCGGCGGCGUAUCACACCGUGGCGCUGGAGAGGGAGCGCCAGGAAUUCAGCACCACGGACAGCGAACUCAGGGUGAACAGCACCUCGGAUUAUGGGGAGAAGAAACUUCCCCAGGCCAUCAUCAUCGGGGUGAAGAAAGGGGGGACCCGAGCCCUGCUGGAGGCUCUCAGGGUGCACCCGGACGUGAGAGCAGUUGGGAAUGAACCACACUUCUUUGACAGGAACUACGAGAAGGGGCUGGACUGGUACAGAGACCUGAUGCCUUCGACGCUGGAGGGACAGAUCACCAUGGAGAAGACACCUAGCUACUUUGUGACUAACCAUGCCCCAAAGCGCAUCCACUCCAUGGCCAGGGACAUCAAGCUUAUUAUUGUAGUGCGUAAUCCUGUCACUAGAGCCAUUUCAGACUACACACAGACUUUAUCCAAGAAACCUGAGAUCCCCACCUUUGAGGUUCUGGCUUUUAAGAACCGAACGCUGGGUCUUAUAGAUGCCUCAUGGAGUGCGUUGCGUAUAGGAAUAUAUGCACUCCACUUGGAGACCUGGAUGCAGUAUUUCCCUCUCUCCCAAAUGCACUUUGUCAGCGGGGAGAGGCUUAUUGUGGAUCCCGCAGGUGAGAUGGCCAAAGUGCAGGACUUCCUGGGACUGAAGCGGAUCGUCACAGACAAACACUUUUACUUCAAUAAAACUAAAGGAUUUCCAUGUCUGAAGAAGCCAGAGGACAGCAGCACUCCCAGAUGCCUUGGCAAGUCUAAAGGGAGAACUCACCCAAAAAUUGACCCAGACGUGAUUCGGCGUCUGCACAAGUUCUACAAACCCUUUAACAUGAUGUUUUACCAAAUGACCGGCCAGAACUUUGAAUGGGAGCUGGAGGAAGACAGUGAAUCUCGUAGCUCUCAGGACUAGUGAACUGCCUCAUGGCACGGCACAGCCACACCACCAGCCUUCUCAAUAAAACUAAUAUUGUCUCGCUUCGUCUUCAGAGAGAGUGCUUGAGCCUGCCAAUCAAUCAUGGCUGUCUUUGCGGUGUCUUUAUCCAUUAGUAAGAGUUUACUGACAUGCUUCUUCUCUCUCUUCAGUACUAAUGUUGUUGAUGAUGGCAAAUCAUUACUGUAUAUACUAAACAUAAAAUAUAUUUAUAUUUGUGAAAAGGAGAUGAUUUAUUUGUUUUGUUUUAAAGCAUAGCUCUGAUAUAGAAAUCAUUUUGACGAUGGCAAUGCAUGUGAGGAGUUAAGUGUCCUUACUCCAUUAACCCUAAGGGUAAACUCUGCCUGUUUCUUUUCCCUUUACUUUUCUGCAAUUUGUUACCAUCACACCCACUCACAAGCGUUCAGUGCAAAAAGAUAUUCUACUUCAGUGGCCAAGGCCAAGAAGUUCUCUGUAUUAUUUCUUUCAGCACUGUAUUGCUGCUUCAGAGGAGACAGAAAAGAGAAAAAAUUGGUAGAUAUAUAAAACAAAAAUCCUUUGACACAUGCUCAUCUUUUCAGUUGCUCAUCUUGUGAGUGGAGACAAUCCAUUUCUUAAUCAGUCUAAGUUUACCAAAGUGUUAAUUUACUUAGUUUCAGUGUUGGAGUUGCUCUGCAUUCAUUAAUUGCACCCAUAUUCAAUAAGAGAACGGAUAUACAAUGGCCAUCAUUCAAUAAUUGGAUUGCUUUGCUGCAUAGUUGAACAUUAGCAUACUGAUGACCACGCGCUCAGAUGUGGUGCGGUAUCAGUGCUUUUGGCGUAAUUUGACAAAUGAGUCUACAGUAUAUCUUAGCCAUACCAAGGGGAAGCUGUGCAUUCGACAGUUCUGCACAAUUGCACAUUUCCUGUCAAAACACACCCAAAACAUCAGUUAACAUUGGUGAGGAUGAAGAACAACAGUAAAGGACUGAGCCGAAGUUUGUUUAACAAACAUCUGCUACGACGUGGUCUUCUGUCGUUAGAGAUUAAUGAUGUGUUAAAUAAACUGCUGCCACUGGAACACUGUCAAUGUCAGAGCGAAUUUGCUGUUAAGGAAAAGCUACACAUGUGCCCAGGUAAAAUACCAAACCAUUACUGUAUGUACUUAAUUUGAACGAGAUGACGUCUGCCAGGGAAAUGUGCUGUAACCAGAGGUUUUACUAUCAAACACUUGUUUUCAGCAGUGCUAACUGGAAGGAUGCCUGUGUUGAAAAUAACAGGGUUUUGGUGCGAAAUGCUCCUUUACUCAUGCAAUGAAAUAAUAACAUGAUCUAUAAUCUUUACUAUUUUUUAGCUUUGCAUAACUCGCUGUGCAUCUGUCUGUUGUCUCUGGGCGUUUAAUCAAUUGAGACAAUCAAUACAGUCAAUGAGUCAAUAAAUACAGCCUGCUUCACAUCACUGGUUGCUACACCUAUGAUGCAUUGCUCUGUUAAUCCUCCCUGUUCUCUGGCCAUGGAUGGCUAGAUUGGUUCACUCUCUGCAGACCUCUCUGUCACCCUGGGGAGGCCAGCACCAGCAGCUACUUACACAGAGCAAUUGAUUCAAUCAAAGUAAGCACUAUACUGCCCUUUUGUAGCACCAAGCCUGAACACUUACCUCUGAGUCUCACUAUCCAAGAGUCACAACUUCCACUUUGAGGCUUUUUCUGUGCAGCCAUCCCUUGGUGUUUUCUUGACAAGCUCCCUGUCUCUCUGCACUUUUACCUCCUCUGUCCCUCCCUCUCUUUCUUUCUUUUUGCACACACAUCAUCCUCUGACAGUGGGAAGCUGUUUCACAAAGGUGCAGCUCUUUGUAGAAAGAUAACUGAACUGCAAGCAAGACAUGCUAAUCAAACAUUUAAGAAAUGCCUUCAUCAUUAUUUAUUUAUUCACAUUUUUCCCCAAGCUUCAGAACAUGUAUAAUCCACCUUCCAAACCUGGCAAUCCCUCCUACUCAGUGUAGAGACACUGAAAGAAAUCCACAGAAGGCACCCUUCAGUGUCAUUAGGACAGAUGAGGACUCAAUUUCUCCUCUAUGAAUAUGCACUUGUGCUGUCAUUUGCAUUUCCAGGAUCACACACACGUGGGAAUUCCUCUCCAAAGUUAAAUAUUAGAUCCAACCUCUCAUUAACAGAAACACUCAGACACCUUUUUCUUUUGUACUUCUUGUUGGUUUUAGGUACUGUGAAACAUACUGCAAGUGCAUGAACAAUAUGUUAAGCUGCCCUUCGUGUGUUCGUCCCAAUGAGGAUCAUGUGUUAUGUGGUUCAUCAGGGCUCUCAGUAUGUAGUGAAGAAGACUGCUAUGAUAAACCCACUCAUCAGACUGUCAACGCUUAAGUGGUGUCAUUUCGGACCAAAGUACAAAUUCGUAUUUGUCAGUCAUUAAUUUGGCAAAGCGCCGCGACAGCAAUUCAUGGUGUGAAAAGCUACCUGGAUGUACCUGGAAAUAAUUUGCUGUUGUAGCUUGUGUGUUUAAUUUUGGUUGAAGGGCUAUAAUCUGUGCAUGAGAGGUGUUUUUACAGUGCUCUUUUCACCUUCCUGUUAUAUGAUCUAUAAUAACAUACUGCUGAAGAGCUUAAUGAAAGGGUACAGCCUAAAAACAAGCUCAGUUUGAAUGAAACAAAGGGGAAUAGUUUGGCUCUGGAAACUUAAAAGCUUGGGAAAAAAAUCUUUUAGACAUAGUAAGGUCUCCAUUACUACAAACUAACUGUCUUUUCGCUUCAUUUGAGUCAAUAAUUACCAACUGCGUAAAAAGGCAUGACAGUGUCAGCUUCCACAACUAACUUUGCACUAAUCCACUCCAAAUUAGUCUUUAAUUUAGUUUCUAAAUGCCCU